UCUUUCAAUAAAAGUGACCGAAAAAGUGAAAAACAUAAAAUUAAUCGAUUAGAUUUAAAUUCUUAAAUUAAAUAGUAUUAAAAGCAUAAAUAUUAUUUAUUACCAUUCAAUACAUUUUAAGAUAUACCAAAAGUCAUUUAAAUCUACUAUCAUCUGUAAUCAUGCGAUAUUCUCAUUUUAUCAUUAUUACUUUUGUAUUGAUCUCAAUUACGCGCUGUGAGGAAAAGAAAGUUGAAGAUGUUGAUAAAAUAAUAUACCAAAAUAUCGAAACUAUCCUUAAAACUGAUUAUCCGAAUGACUCAUCCAAGGUUGACUGUUUGUUAGGGGAACUCAAAAAGCAGAAAACUGCUGAUAAAGUUUACACGGAAGCAAUGCUCCUUGACAAGAGUAAUAAAGAGUUGAAAGAGAAAAUUGAACCUUAUGUAGUAGAAGCUGAGAAGAUCUGUAAACAGAAAAAUGCUGGUUCAAUCUUCCACACUUCAAUCUCCAUGCUCAUCCUUUGCGCAAUUGCUGGGUUUAUAAGAGCAUAAAUCAUGAAGUAUAAGUGUUAAAAGUCUACCUCAAUACCUGCACAUUGUCUUUCCAGAUCAAACUUAAUGAAAAAUCUCAUGAGAAUGAAAUAUUUUCACUCAAAGCGCUUGACAUUUCACAAUUUAUUUUGCAAUUGUUAAAUUAAAUUUGAACUCUGUAAAUGUAUAACAAAAGCAAGAUUCAAUAAAGUCUUGAUGAAAUUUUA